GGGGGGGGGGGGCUCUAUGGCGGGCUGCUCGUCCACUGAAGGCUGCUGAGGGGCCAAAGCAAGACCCUGACGACCAAAGGGGACAAGAAGUCGAUGAAGCACCACCCUCACUGUGUUCUGUCCGACCUGCUGGUAUCGUUUCUUGACCGCUUUGAUCCACGUGUCGCUCGCCGAAAAGCCACUGAUGCCCAGCCGUACGAAGCCUGCAUCGCCUUCUCCCUGAUGGCCAUAGGGGGGACGCUUGUGGGGUCAUCAUGGCCAGCCAUCAACUGGCGGAUCUCAUCCUCAAUCUGCGGAUAUUGCGGCGGUCUGUUGCGCCUCUUGAUGGGAUCCAGCACCUGCGUGCCCGCCUCCCUCUGUUUCUUGACGGCAUAGUGCCACUCCUUGAACCGAUGCGGAUCCUUGCCCUUCUCCUUCGCAAACUGAGCCAUCGAGAUGGCCUCGCCGCUCUGCUUCCGUCGAUUGAAUUCGUCCGCCAGCUGCAGCCGCUCGCCGAUGGUCACCUCGCGUGCCCCAUGAGUGGCCACCUGAAGGGACUCAAACAAGACCAUGGUGGUGCAACAGACAGAAGAGUGCCCCUCGCCCUCUCGCCUCAGCGACCUUUUGUUGCCCGACAGCCCCUUGUGCGCCAGCCAGGGGAUGGGGAGGCGCUGCUGCUGCUGCCGGGCCAUCGGCGACCGGUACACCCCUGCUGACAGCUGGUGACAAAUCACUAGCUAGCGGUGGGCGCCCUGCAGUGCCAUCUGACGACCGCACACAAUCGACAGUUGUGGAUGCGCGUCUGUAUUCUGGCAACUCACUUGCAGACCCACCAGGUGCUCCCUGCUCGUGCGGCGCCAGUCGGUCACCAUGCACAUCUGGAGAACAACCAGGGCCUACCUCUGACUCAGCCGUUUCACUUGCCCACGUGUAUGUAGGUUGCCGCUUACUCCGGGACCAGAGUUCUUGCGGUCCAGCACCCGCACUCGCAGCCGCACCGCCUGGCGUCUGAUUGAACGAUGGAUGGGGCCGUCCUGUCGGCUGCGCACACACGGGGGCGGACAGGUGUCAGGCAGACACGGCGGGGGACUGCUGUGUGCAUGUACCUGGUGACGUGGCUCAUGGUGGAGAGUUGCAUAACGAACCCCAUCACCAUGACCAGCCUGAGAAAACAAGAACCCAUGGCAAGGCAGGGGCUCUAUUGUUGCACAGUACCUGUGUUUGGGUACCCAGCGCCCUCACCGUGUCACCCUGAACCAUCACGCCACAAACAGAAGGAUCAGCCAUAGGGGCGAUGUGUGGCGACACGCAGCACCACCUGUGAGCGACUUUUGCCCACCUCGCUCAUCAGGUCCCCUCUUUCGUCGAAAUAAUCAGCCCCGACUCAUGUGCCUGCAUUCCUUCGUAAUUUCAUUCUUGAAUCUGGUCAGGAUUGGCUUCAUCGUCUUAUCCACCCUCUGUCCACUUUCCCGUGUUAUUUUUCUCUCCCCUCUGCUGAGCGCCGUGUGUUG